AAUCAAGUCCGGGUCUAUUGCAUAAUCAUGGUCCAGCCCAAGAUCCUUGUUUACUGGGCUGCGGCUAUACACACCUGGAGCAAACACUGUGAUAAGGCUGUGUUUUACACCUCAGAGGCUUCAAAAGCACUUGAGGCAGUAGAUCUGAAUGAAAAAGAUGACUGGGCAAGGUUACGUAAAGCUUUGACACAUGCGUAUGAGAAUGCCGGAGACCUGCGCUGGUUCUUUGUGGCACAACCCACUACAUUUGCCAUUAUUGAGAACCUCAAAUACCUGCUGCUCACAAAGGAUCCCAAUGAACCCUUUUACUUGGGGAAUGCUGCAAAGUCAGGGGAGCUUGAUUAUGUGGUGUAUGAUAGUGGCAUUGUCCUUAGCUACGAAGCUCUGAAAAGGCUGGUAAACGUGUUCAAGGAUGAAGACAAAUGUCCAGAAAGAGGAGGCAGCCUGUGGAAUGUGGGUGAGGAAAAGCAGCUUGCUAUGUGUCUAAAAUACACAGGUGUGUUUGCAGAGAACGGAGAAGAUAUCCAUGGAAAGGGCCUGUUCAACAGUAAGAGUGUCGAAAGCCUGAUAUCGGACAGCAUGCAGGCCAACCCCACAAAUGUGGUGGAGGGCUGUUGCUCUGAUAUGGCAGUCACAUUCAACGGGAUGUCACCAGAUCAGAUGCAGGUUAUGAUGUUUGGAGUUUACAGACUCCGUCCUUAUGGACACGAUUUUCAUGAC